CGAACAGUCCAACUAAAGUAAGUGUAGGGGAGACAAACGUGAUACUGUCCUCGCUGUGUUGUUAUCGCUCAAGCGCAGUGAGUCACCAUGCCUGUGGAUAUUAAUGAAUGGGCAGGUUCCUUAGCUCUCACUGAGGUGGAGGAGAAACCAGCAAAACCUUUAACUGUCAAAUACGGGACUUUGGAAAUUGACGCGCUGGGAAAAGUGCUCACACCCACUCAGGUGCAGAACUGCCCAACAUCAGUUGAAUGGGAGGGAUGUGACCCCAGUAAACUGUACACCUUGACACUGACCGAUCCAGAUGCACCCAGCCGAAAAGACCCGAAAUUUAGGGAAUGGCACCAUUUUCUUGUUGUCAACAUGAAAGGAAAUGACAUCUCCAGUGGUUGUGUCAUGUCUGAUUACGUUGGUUCAGGCCCCCCAAAGGGAACAGGUCUGCAUCGUUACGUGUGGCUGGUUUAUGAACAGUCAGGUAGUAUCAGCUGUACUGAACCUGUUCUCACCAAUCGCUGUGGAGACAACCGUGGAAAAUUCAAGAUCCAGAGUUUCCGGAAGAAGUACGGCCUCGGCACUCCAGUCGCUGGGUGUUGCUAUCAGGCAGAGUGGGAUGACUAUGUGCCCAAACUUUACGAACAGCUGGCUGGCAAAUAAAGGCCAUUUAGAGCUCUGAUGCCACUAUUUAGGUAGAGCAUAUUUUGGCACAGUUCUGUUUUAAUUUAGCCAUUUUAAAGGGAUAGUUCACCCAAAAAUGUAAAUUCUGUAAUAAUUUACUUACCAUCAUGCCAUAUUUGAUGUGUAUGACUCUGUCAUCUGCUGAACACAAAAUAUGAUUUUUAGAAGAAUCUCUCUGCUCUUUUGGUCCAUACAAUGCAAGUGAAUGGCUGCCAAAUUUUUGAAGGUCCAAAAAUCACACAAGGCAGCAUAAUAAGACUCCAGUGGUUAAAUCUAUAUCUUCAGAAGUGAUAUGAUAGUUGUGGGUGAGAAACAGAUCAAUAUUUAAGUCCUUUUGUACUAUAAAUUCUCCUCCCUGCUCAGUCAAUCUCCACUUUUUCACUUUCACAUUCUUUUUGCUGGCUUAUGUGCUUUUCGGGGUGUCAAAAUGUUGGCACUAUUCACUUGCAUUGUAUGGACCAACAGAGCGGAGAUCAUUCUAAAAAUCAUAAUUUGUGUUCUGCAGAAGAGAGUCAUACACAUCUGGGAUGGCAUGAGGGUGAGUAAAUGAGAAUUUUCAUUUUUGGGUGAACUAUCCCUUUAAGAGAUUAACUGAAUUAAGUAGAUGAGCACGGGUCAUAGAACUUGAUUUGUGAUUUUCUGUUAGUCUUUCUUACUGUCUGAAUUAAAACGGAACUGAGCAAGCACAAUCAGACUAUGUCUUCAUUUCUGUCAAAAUACUUAUGCAAGGUAUUUGGCCUGCCUUCAGUUUAAAAUUGCUAAUAAAUUAGUUGAAAUCUAGACGUAGCACCUUAAAGUCAAAUUUGUGUUAUACUUGUGGCUGCACCUUUAAUUUAAUAAAGGGCUUACAGUUACAGCAUGCUUUCUAAUGCACAUUGGGAUACAAGAAAUGUACACUAUGGGGGAAAAAAAGAAUUCGUCUUGGAAAAUAAAAUAC